CCUUCAUCCUUUCAGCCCUCCCUUAUCUCUCUCCUUCUUUUCUCUCUAUUUCCCAUCACUCAUCAUCGUACGAUUUUGGUCAUGCAUAUGCGAUAUGCGCCAACCUGCUUUUGUGGUUGUAGCAUUAAGCAUGUACUUCGUAUUUAUUAUCUGCACGGUCACUACAUUAGCAAGCAACAAGACGCCUUCAAACAAAAUAUUUAACCGUUAGGUUAUUGAUUUCUAAAUGAUAUGAAAAAUAAUGUGGAUCCAACUUCUUCAUGAAUGAAUUGAUUGAGCACUAAACCCAAUGGUACGAGCCGAGGGAAAUUUCGAUGAAUUCUACAUAUUAGAACUAAUACUUGAAGCCAUUCAUUUUGAUCUUUCAUCUUCUUCUGCGAAUAAGUAGACCCACGACAUGAAGAUAUGGGUGCACAAAUCAGUACUGUCAUAUCGCAACGUCUAGAGUCUCAGACAAUUGAUGAAAUCCUACAAGAUAAUAAUGUAAAAGUCCCAUUGUGAACCCGAUAUUCAAAUCUGCAUUAAUUCGAAUUAGGUUCUGGGACAAUUGCUCGAGUCAAUACCGUUAUUGCCACUGUCAACCAGGGCAAAACUUUGGAACACCAACAUCAAUCCGAUUGAAUCCCCUCAGUCAUCGUUUCAAGGGAUAUCGCAAUCAAAGAAAUUACGGCGUCUAGUGCAUAUCAAGAAUGUCGAUCUCGCAAUUCAGUCCGGCAAGAUUUUGAUUGUUGGCUACAGGAUUGGACUAUGUUUUGAAGCUGUUAGCUUUAGAGAGUAUCAGUGGUGACCAUCUACACGAUGUAUUACAAGGAGCAUACAACGAUAUGGUUGGGCUUGAGAGACGUCGGGCAGGCGAUCGACUUCGUUGGAGGUUUCUCACCCUUUUUUUCAUGAUUUGAGGAAUUUGUUUGCGGGCUCCGGAGACAAUAAGGAGAUAGCCCUGGAUAAUAUCAUAUCGAUCGUCAAGGUUGGGGCUCCAUGCCCUUUUGUUGAUUCACAGCAGGAUAUGAGCGAGAACGUGAAAAGGUGGGCCAAUAUUGGAAUGAGGUAUGAUUGUCUAGCAGCCUCCCUUAACUAUGUUGGAUGUUUAUUUCUGCUUCCCGAUCUUGGAAGUGAUUACAUGUGAGUACCAUCUUCGGUUGAUGUCUCGGUUCUAACGUCCACCGGCACAGCUAGCUGAUGACCAGGAAAUGGCGGGAGUAUCUCAUCAGCUCGAGGCAGAAAGUCAAAGAAACAGCACUUUUUCUGUUUCAAUGAGCUCGCAUGGCAAGCCUUGUGGGUCAUCUCUAUUCACCGGCUUUCGGAGCCAAGUCCGCUUUGAUAAGUGCACGUCUGAAUGCACCUGGUUCAUCUUUUCUUCGAUCUUUAGGCGAUCUUACAUGUGAGCAACGACAAAAAGCAAUAGAGAUCUUAACGUGGCAACAGCCGGAUGCUGGCGAAGAAGCAUCUCAAGCGGAUAGCGAGUUGAGAGGUAGCAACAUAGCGUUGCUGCCCGCAGUUCAGAUGCUGAAUUGCAUUUUGGGAGCUUGUCUCAUUAAAGGUAUUAAUGCAAGUUAUUUGAGACCAGCGAGAAAAAAAAUUGAGUUCUGUGAAAUGUAAUCUUACCUAUGCAUUGCAUCUGUAUCUCCCAUUCAUGAUUGGCGACGACGUUAGGUUAGAGAUUCGUGUAUGCUCAUCUAUG